AUGAUGACUGGAAAGCAGGAGGAGAGUAGCCACGAAAAAGAAGAAACAUCACUGGAGUCGAUCAACUCUAGGCUUCAACUUAUGAAAAGUGGAAAAUCCGUGCAGACUCUGAAGAUGAUCAGGCAAGGCAAAGUGAAAAUGGUCAUCCUCGCCAACAACUGCCCUGCCCUGAGGAACUCUGAAAUAGAAUACUAUGCCAUGUUGGCCAAAACUAGUAUUCAUCACUAUAGUGGCAAUAAUAUCAAACUGUCCACAAUGUAUGGAAAAUACUACAGAGUAUGCAUACUAGCUAUCGUUGAUCCAGAUGAUUCUGAUAUCAUUAGAAGCAUGCCAGAACUGACUGGUGAAAAAUAA